UUUGCUACAUGUUGUUUGUCACCUCUGCAGAGCGAGGGAGCAGGGAAAGCCGUCCUACUGGCUCUGCUUGAUUCCUGCAGGGACUCACCCAGCUGCGCUUUUAACCGGGAACAGAUAUUUGAACGAAAUAAGAUGUCGAACAGGAGCUGACAGCGAUGAGAGGAGACAGGAUGGACAAAGAUGGAGGGAAGCCAAAGACCUUUGUCUCCACCUUCCGGCUGGCCCUAAAGCCCGAGGCUAAGCCGAAACAGAACGGACUCGGUGUAACUAACAGGACGUUUACAGGGAACAACAAACUAAGAUUCUUAUCUUCAGCAGAUGCCAAACAGACACAAGUUCAGAUCCCGGAGGUGCCUUGCAUCAAAGAGCCAUUCAGGGGCCGUGGAGCCAGAGCAGGAGCCGGAGCCGGACGUGAUGCUUCUUGUGGAGGUGUUAUCGGAGCAGCUCAACCCCCCAGCGUUUCCUGCAAACACAAUGCAGAAGCAAAGGAAAUUCCCAGAAGGAGCCAGCGCGAGCUGCACGGAGACGUCGCGGUCAAAGCUGUGUCACGGGAAAACAAUGAAUUGUCCUCAAAGCCCGGGGGGGAAACCCGACACAGAGAAGACGAGGACAGAGGGCCUCCUGUGGAGUUCCUGGACCCACCGGAGCAGGUGGAGGUUCGAGUGGGUGAACAGGCCAAGCUGGUUUGUGAGUUCAAGAGCUGCUCCGUCCCCGUGGCCUCCUGCUGGAUUUACAACAAAGACAAGCCGGUAGCAGCAGGUCCACGGAUCUCGGUCAGGAGCUCGGAGACGCAGAGCAGCGUGAAGAUUUGCGAGGCCGCCCCAGAAGACAAGGGCUCGUACACCGUUGUCGUACGAAACAGAGCUGGAUCAGCCCAGCACACGAUCUCCCUCAGUGUUAUAGACCGUCCCGAGCCUCCAGCGUCCCAGCCCGUCGUUUCCAAGCUGUCCUCCCAGUCCCUGGUCCUCUCCUGGACGGGUCCCAGCUACGACGGAGGCACGGCCGUGUUGGGUUACAUCGUAGAGGUCCGUCAAGAAGGCCCAGACCGUCCUACCGGCUGGACUGAAUUGAUAACCCGCUGCAAGAACACGUCCUACCACGUCCGCUCGGGCCUGGAGCCUCAGGGCCAGUACCGGUUCCGCGUCAGGGCGUACAACUCGGCAGGGACCAGCGAGCCGAGCAGGGAGUCCGACUGCGUCAAGAUGGCAACUGGAAAGGAAAAGAAAGAAGAGCCGGAGUCGUACGUCACCGUGACCAUUGACACCAAACAUAAAGUCAAGGACCACUACACCGUGCACGAGAAGCUGGGAGUAGGAAAAUUCGGCCAGGUGUUCCGGCUGACCCACAGGGAGACGGGCGAGGUGUGCGCAGGGAAGUUCUACCGAGCCCGGACCUCCAAGGAGAAGACGGCGGCUCGCAAGGAGAUCGAGAUCAUGAACAAGCUUCACCACCCGAAACUGGUCCAGAGCCUGGCUGCCUACGACACCCGGUCAGAGUUGGUCAUGGUCAUGGAGUACAUCGCAGGCGGGGAGCUCUUCGAACGCAUCGUGGACGAGAGCUUCGAGCACACGGAGCCCACCAGCGCCCGCUACAUGCAGCAGCUCCUGGAGGGCAUGCAGUACGUCCACAAGCAGAACAUCGUCCACCUGGACCUCAAACCGGAGAACAUCGUGUGCGUGGACACGACCGGCACGCGGAUCAAGAUCAUCGACUUCGGCUUGGCCAGUGAGCUGGAGGAGGGUAAACCUCUCAUGGUGAUGCACGGCACGCCGGAGUUCGUGGCCCCCGAGGUGAUCAACUAUGAGCCCGUGGGUCUGGAGACGGACAUGUGGAGCAUCGGAGUUAUCUGCUUCAUUUUGCUCAGUGGAGAAUCCCCUUUCCAGGGAAACAGCGAUGCCGAGACUCUGAGUCUUGUGACUGCCGCCCGCUUCGAGUUUGACGAAGAGAGUUUCGAGGACAUCUCGGAUCAAGCUAAAGCCUUCAUCAGCUCCCUGCUGAAGAAAGACCGGAGGGGGAGGUUGUCUUGCAUCGAGGCCCUUGCCCACCCCUGGAUGGCCUCUUUUACCCCUCUAAACCGCAGACCCACCAAGUCCCUCAAGAAGGAGAAGAUGAGGCGCUUUCUGGCCAAGCGCAAGUGGAAGAAAACUGGCAAGGCUGUUCUGGCCCUGCAGCGGAUGGCUAACCUCUCCAGCAGGCCAGAGUCUCCUGGCAGCUCCUCAGAGGAGCCAGGCUGGAGCCAGAAGGCAGAGGAGGCCAUCCAGUCCCUGGACAAGCAGCUCCAGAUGGAGCCUCGCUUCCAGCGGGCCCUGAGGGACACCACUCUCCCGAAAGGAGCCACCGCUCAGCUGACAUGCCUCAUCAGCGGUUACCCGCAGCCACAGGUGAAGUGGCUUCAGAACGAGAAGCCGAUGUCCGCGUCGCGCCGAGUGACCGUGGAGCAGCGUGAAGACGGCCUCUGUUCUCUGGUUGUGGCUGAUUUGCAGCCUUCGGACUCUGGGGUUUACGUGUGCAGAGCCAGAAACAAGCUGGGGGAGGCGAUGUGCUCCGCCAAACUCACGGUGAAGCCGUAGGGGAAGAAAAUGGACCCACCGUAACGAUUGUUCCUGCUUCUGAAAAGGGGCCAAUUUGAAUUCCUCACGUCGGUUCGUGGAUGGACAAUCAUUCACAUGGUUUCAAGGUGGCAAUGGUGUGUUUUUUAUAAGAGAAACCGUGAAGUUCGGACUACACAGAACACAGCGGGUUCGCCAUCAGUUUGUAGUGCACUUAAUGAAUAUGUAAAGCGUUUAGCAUGUUGGUGCACGAGGUGACGCGUCACGUGAAAACUUAAUGUUUUGCACAUUUUAUAUAUUUUUUCAAUGCAAAAAUAAAGGCUGAAUUUAAA